GGAGAUUUUAACAAACCUUGACACCUUGUAAGUUGUAAGACCAAACCCGGAAAAUAGCAUAGGAAACACUUGCAUAUAUUCAAUGAUGAUCCACCAGCUUGAAUCUGAACCGCGGUUAGGCUUCAAUACCGUAGUCCAUAGGGGAAGGGGAAGAAGAUGACGAAAUUGGUGUAAUAGCAGGGCCGUGAAAUUGAAAACAUUUAGACAUCAAACCCCAACGAAAUCCCAAACGCGGAGAUCAGAGACGGCCGUUUGCAGUAUGAGUGACCUCAAUAACCCCGCCUCUUUCCCGCCUCAGCCUCAGACGGUGGCGUCCACUGACGAUUCUCACCCUCCGCCACCGUCGACCUCUGACGAAGCCCCUGCUCAGAUCCCACAAGAUGCAACCCCUCCUCCCCAAUUUGAUCCUAGCCGAAUGAUUGGCAUCAUCAAAAGGAAGGCUUUGAUCAAAGAUUUGGCUGCUGUAUACCAUGCCGAGUGCCUUUCAUAUUGUCAACAGCUUUUGGAACUUCAAAGAAAACUAGAAGAGCCACAAGUUGACAUAAAAACUCCCGAGGAUCCAAGGAAAGAGCUGUCAAGACCCCCAAAGAGAUUAAAGAAAGCACGUUAAGCACCCAGUUUACUCGACGGAGUCAAUCAGUCAAUUGAAAAUUAGGAAAGAUUUGGCAUGAGCCUCCUGUUUAUGUAAAAGUUGAUAGUUUUAAACUAUUAGCCUACAUGGCUCUUUCCAUUGUGAUUUUUUAACGUAUAGUAGUAGACAAUGUUGAAAGGAAAACCACACUACGUUUAGUUAUGUCUAAACACGCUGUGAAUCUGAAAUAUCUGAUGUACUAAUGUGUUAGGAGAAAGGAGGUGUCAAGACUCAAGAUACCCACUUCUUAGGCUCUGAUAAAUAUGCUGGACAGUUUUUUCCUCUA